GUACCCCCUCCUCCACUCUAGUCUCUCUUCACUCCAUCCCUCUGUGUUGAAUAUACAACCCCUGGCCAGGAUAUACCUAAGAGGCAACAUAUAUAAGUGUGAUGGAGGCUUCCAGAGAGGUGGUGAUAGAAAUAGAGAGAGAGAAGGGACCUGCUGAUCUUGUAUAUUGCCUGUCAUGUCUCUCAUUCUGGCUGACCAGCUGGCUGUGUGGUGCGGUGGCAUACAUCAUGGCUUAUAAGGCAGAGAAAGCUAAGAAAUAUGGCGACUCCCUUCGUUUUAAGUUGUUCAGCAGUGUUGGCAUCAGUCUAGGAGUAAUAGGCAUAAUUAUCGGUCUGGCAGUCAUCGUUCUUUUCCACAGAUUCAUCUACCCAGUCUGGUACCGAUAUCUCUAUAUGUCGGUGGAGCCAGAGUAUGUCUGGGAGUAAUGAUGUGUGGGCACUUUACUUCCGGAAAAUGAGAAGGAGAACGUCGUACUUCCGGGAAGGGUGAACCCUAUAAGGUUCUCGUUUAAUGUGUAAAGAUAUGAACUUUUUAAAACAUAUAAUUGAUUCAUUCAGAAAUUUCGAAAUAAUGUAUAGGUUUAAUUAGGAAUAAACAAGAUAUAACAAAUGACUUGAA